GGAGCCCAACCAGUCAGGGUCAAGCCCGCGAAACCUGCGUGAUAUUACGCAAACGAGCAUUAGGGUUUGGGGUUUUCUCGUCUCUCUGAGUCUUUCGGAGCCAUCGCUCUCUGUGUUAGGGUUUUCGACUGCGCGAGUGCACAAAAGUUUCUCAAUCGCUUAUUAAUUUAUUUGUAAUCUACAUAUCGCUGUAUGUGAAAGAACAUGUAUUCCUCUAGAGGUAGCAAUGCGUACGGGCAGCAAUCGUACGCCGGACAAUCCACAUACGGCGCAAAUCUGGGAGCUGCUUAUUCUGCCAGUUCUGUUGGAAACCCUGAUGGGGCCUCGCAACAGUCAUUGGCUUCUCGGCAUUCAUCAAUGUUAGCUGGUUCUCAGGAAACUGAUGUUGGCGGGUACAGAGCUCAUCCUCCAGCUGCAACUCACUAUGGGGGCCAGUAUAGCUCUGUGUAUGGGGCGGCUGCUUUAAGUAGUGCUCAGCAGGUUCCUGCCACGAAUGUGAAAGGUGCUGGACCGUCCAUUUUGGAAAGUCGUGGGAGCUAUUCUUCAGUUAGACCAGAUUCGCCUAAAUUUGCAUCGAGUGACUAUGUCUCAUCCUCAGGCCAUGGAUAUAGUCACAAAGGUGAUCAAUUUUAUGCAGAGAAGGUUCCUGAUUAUGUUGGAAUAGACAGACGGCAAUAUGGUGAUCGACAAAGUACUUAUCUAGGGAGGGACUUGCAGAGUGAACCAACUGGACGAUAUGCUGAUUCUCUUGGUCUUAAUCAUCAAAAUCAGAAUGAUAUGUAUGAUCGCAUCGAUCAGGCAUUGCUUCGACAAGAACAAUUGUUAAAAGCUCAAUCGCUGCAAUCUGCUUCUUUGGAUGGGACUGCAAGACAAGCAGAUUAUCUUGCAGCAAGGGGUACCACUAGUCGUCAUCCCACCCAAGAUCUUCUUUCUUAUGGAGGAAGAAUGGAUGCUGAUCCUCGCAGUUUAUCAAUGCUUAGUGCUUCUUCAUAUAGUGGACAACAAGCUCCAUCAAUAUUGGGAGCAGCUCCGCGUAGAAAUAUGGAUGAUCUCAUGUAUACACAAAGUUCUUCAAAUCCUGGUUAUGGAGUGAGCCUACCUCCUGGUAGGGACUAUGCCACCGGAAAGGGGCUUCAUGGCACAUCUCUCGAAUUGGAUUAUCCAAGUGGCACGUUGUCACGUGGUGGUCCUACAAGGAUUGACGAUCACAAGGAUGAUAAGGCUGGUUAUCUUCGGGAGUUUGAGCUAAGGGAGGAGGAGCGGCGUAGGGAACAUUUGCGUGAGAGAGAGAGGGACAGAGAAAGGGAGAAGGAACGGGAACGGGAAAGAGACCGUGAAAGGCGUAUCUUGGAACGACGGGAGAAGGAGAGAGAUCGAGAGCGCAAACGUGGACUUGAAACCAAGCAUAAUCGAACUCCACCAAGAGUAUCUAAGGACCGGCGUGGUUCCUCUUUGGCGAAGGAGGGGAAAUCGUUGCGACGGAAUUCUCCUCAUCGUGAUGCUUUGCAUAGGCAUCAUUCACCUGUUAAAGAAAAAAGGAGAGAAUAUGUCUGCAAGGUUUACUCUUCCAGUUUGGUAGAUGUGGAGAGGGAUUAUUUGUCAAUAGAUAGAAGAUAUCCUAGACUCUUUGUGUCCCCAGAAUUUUCCAAGGCUGUUGUGAACUGGCCAAAGGAGAAUCUUAAACUUCCAAUCCAUUCACCCGUCAGUUUUGAGCAUGAUUUUGUUGAAGAAAGGCUAACCGAGCUGAAAGGUUCGUCUGCUGAGCUUUUGGCUGAAGAAGCCACAAAAUCUAGAAAUACUGUGUGGAGUGCAAAGAUGAUUUUGAUGAGUGGACUUAGCAAGAAUGCCAUGGAGGAGCUGUCAUCUGAAAAAAUUUAUGAUAAUCGUAUACCCCAUAUUUGCAAUAUCAUUAGGCUUGCUGUGCUUAGAAAGGAAAAGUCUUUGAUGGCAAUUGGUGGUCCAUGGAAUUCUGCUGAUGGUGGUGAUCCAUCAGUUGAUGACACCUCGUUAGUUCGAACAGCCCUUAGACAUGCAAAAAAUAUUACUCAACUUGAUUUGCAGAACUGCUGCCAUUGGAAUCGUUUUCUUGAGAUACACUAUGACAGAUUCGGAAGUGAUGGACUGUUUAGCCAUAAGGAGGUGACUGUAUUGUUUGUUCCAGAUUUGUCCGAAUGUCUCCCCUCAUUGGAAGCAUGGAAAGACCAAUGGUUUGCCCACAAAAAGGCUGUUGCUGAGAGAGAGCAGCAACUUACAUUGAAAAAAGAGAGGUCUAGCGAGAAGAAAAAUGGGAUCAAAGAUAAGGAAAAGGAUUCCGCAAAAGAUCUCAAAAAGGAUUCCACAAAUCUGAAGAUGUCUACAUCCUCUGGACAAUCAGAAGAUGUUGACAAAAAGGAUAAAGAUGUCAACGAUGUGAAAGGGAUUACAGUUGAAGAAAAGGUUGAUGGAAAUGACAAAAGACUUGAGAAAAAAGGUGGGACUGAAACAGGUAAGGAAAACAUGACAGUGGAGAAGAAGGAACAAGGAGAAUCUGUUAGUGCUCAGACAAGUGGCGUUUUGAAGCCUGCGAAGAAGAAGAUUAUAAAGAAGAUUGUCAAACAGAAGGUUGUUGAUAAGACGGCUCAUGAUAGUGCCAGCAAACAAAAUGACAGCCCGGAUGAGAAGAAUAAUGGAGAUAAGAAUGCCAACUCAGUGAUUCCUAAUCUACCGGAUGAAUCUUCAGGUGCUCCUGCCGGGGUUAAAACAUUUGUUAGAAAAAAGGUGAUAAGAAAGGUUCCAGUAGUAAAAACUGCUCGGAAUGAAGAUAUUGAAGACAAACCAAAGGAUAAUUCGGAUCCAUGCACUGCUGCAGUUGUGCAACGUACUGCUGUAAAAACAACUGUGAAGAAAAAAAUAAUUAAGAGGGUGGCUAAAAGAAAGGUUGAAGGUUUGGAAUCGGGUGACAGGAUUGCUGACACUAGUAAAGAUGUAGACAGAGAUGAGAUUAAGGUAGUUGGGGCAAUUGAUGAAACAGAAAAUAUGGUGGGGCAAGCGGCAGAUGCAGACAAUCAGGUCAGUGAGAUCAAAAGGUUAGAAAAGAAAAUGGUUCCCAGGACCAAUACUAAAACUCUUAUCACAAAGAUGCAAGAUGAUACUGUUGAUCCAAGCAAAACAGAAAUAAAGACCGACAAGGAUGAAAAAAGAACGGGUGAGAAAAGUGGCCAGGGGAUCAAAGUGGAGAUUGAGGUUGACAAGCAGAAAAUUUCACUGAAGGACGACCAUGGUAGCAAGGAUGGAAAAUCAAAAGAUGGGGAGAAAUCCAAAGAUGAGAGAGAAAAAAAAGACAACGAUGGAAAAGAUGAGUCUAGAAGCAAAUCAAAAAACGAAUUGAAAGAAAAGAGGAAGCCUGAAGAACCUCCUCGACACCCUGGAUUGAUAUUACAGACAAAAUGUAGCAAGGAUUCAAAACUUCGUUCAGUGUCACUUUCUCUGGAUUCAGUCUUGGAUUAUACCGACAAGGACAUUGACGAAUCAUCAUUUGAGUUGUCAUUAUUUGCUGAAUCGUUGUAUGAAAUGCUUCAGUAUCAGAUGGGUUGUCGUCUUUUAACAUUUCUCCAGAAACUACGCAUAAAAUUUGUGGCAAAAAAAAAUCAACGUAAGAGGCAGCGGGAUGAAGCCCAUGAGAAGAAAAGGGACAAAAAAUCACCAGCAAAGCGACUGAGGACUAAUGAGCUCCAUGUGAAAGACAGUACUGAAAUAGAUGGUGUAGCUCAUCCAGAUGCUAAUAAAACCAAGGCUGAGGAGGAUAAAUUUGUUGAUCAUGUUGAUGAGUUGAAAAUGGAAGAUGAAACAGAUGGUGAUGAAGAUCCAGAGGAAGAUCCUGAAGAAUAUGAAGCAAUGGAGGAGUCAAGUAUGCAACACGAGGCAUCUUAUGUGAAUAAUGAAGAAGGGAAGACCGACCUGAGUGCUGAGCCUGAAAAGGUGUCUGGAAUGGAAACUGAUAAAGCAGAGGAAACUCUUAAGGAGAAACCGAAAGCUGCAGAGACAAAGCCCAAGUCUGGCGAGGAAAUGCUUAAAAGGAAAGAUGGAGACAGAGAGACUUCUGUGAAGGAGGUUGCUGUUGACAAAGAACUAUUGCAGGCUUUUAGGUUUUUUGACCGGAAUCGAGUUGGCUACAUUAGGGUUGAGGAUAUGAGGUUGAUCAUCCACAACUUGGGGAAGUUCCUCUCGCACAGGGAUCUGAAGGAACUUGUUCAUAGUGCAUUGCUAGAGAGCAACACUGGUAGGGAUGACCGCAUCCUCUACAAUAAGCUGGUGCGAAUGUUCGACACUUGAGAUUGGAAAGGUCUUUUGAUUUUCUUCAUUCUUCAAUUCGAACUUGCCUUAUUAAUUGCUUACUUCUAGCCUACCGGGCUUUUGGUUUCUACAAUUGGGUUCUCGUUUUGUUUCUAAUUUCUACUAAAACUAUUCAAGUAAACGCAUUGUUUUGUAUUGCUUUUCGAUAAAAAUGAGGAAGAUGACUGAUUUGCAA